AUGAGAACCGGCUUCACGGCAAGCGUAUUGUUGGCCCUACUGGGAAGAGUAUUGGCAGCCGACAUCAUUAGCACGAGUGGAUUUUCCAGUUGUGGUGCUGGUGAUUCUUCGAUUCAAGUACAGAAUGUCGAUAUUUCGUUUGACAGAUCCACCAACAAAAUUACAUUCAAUGUUGCAGGAAACAGUGCAGUAUCGCAGGAUGUCAUAGCUUCUCUGGUUGUGGAGGCAUAUGGUACAAAAGUGUACAAUCAGACUUUCGACCCAUGUGCAGACGACACAAAGGUCGAUCAAUUAUGUCCGGGUCAGUUCUCGGCUAUAGGUGAACAGACUAUACCCAGCGAAUACGCCGAUAAGAUACCGUCGAUCGCAUACAGCAUACCUGACCUUGAUGGAAUGGCCAAGAUGGUGUUGACAACAAAAGAUGGAUCACAAGCAGCAUGCAUAGAAUCUUCGGUCACAAACGGGAAGUCCGUCGAGGUGCCAGCAGUGCAAGGAGUGGCCGCCGCCAUUGCUGCAGGUGCGCUUCUGUUCUCUGCAGCAAGUGCAGCCAUGGCUAGUGGUCAACCCGGUGCCUCGCAUUCUUCUCCAGGUUUCAUGGAGGUCAUGUGGUGGAUGCAGGGUAUGGCUAUGGACGGCAUGUUGUCAGUCAACUACCCCAAGCUUUACCGCAGCUACACCAAGAACUUUGCCUUCUCUACUGGCCUUGUUUCGUGGGGCAGCAUGCAAACUGCGAUUGACGACUUUCGAUCGAAGACCGGCGGCAAUCUGACGGAUAACAACUACGAAUACCUGAAGAACGCCACACUCCGCUUUCCAGACGGCACAAACGUGCAACCCACUGGCUCGUUCUCCAGGCGCCUGGCUAUCAGAGCACUCGACUAUCUACUUCCUCGCCAGCUGGAUGGCAUCACCACUUCGCUCAAUGGAACGGACUCUGCCACCACGGGACAAUCUCAAGAGUCGAAGUUGGUUUCUGGUAUUCAGGCCUAUGCUGAGCAACUCACAGUUCCAGACGCCAAUGCCUUUAUGACCAUUCUGCUGAUCUUUGCUGUGAUCAUUGCCAUCAUUGUUGUUGGCAUCCUCCUAUUCAAGGUCAUUUUGGAGGCCUGGUCUCUUUUCGGCAAGUUCCCCAAGUCACUGACCACGUUUCGAAAGGAAUACUGGCGGAUCAUGGCACAAACCAUUACCUGCCUUAUCCUCUUGCUCUAUGGUGUUUGGACGUUGUAUUGCGUCUACCAGUUCCGAAAUGGUGACUCGUGGUGCGCGAAAGCGCUUGCAGGUGUCACGUUGGGGAUCUUUAGUGCUCUGCUGGGUUUUUACACUUGGAAGAUCUGGUCCGUCGCACACAAACUCAAACGGAGCGAAGGUGAUGUUCGCUCACUCUACGAGAACAAGGAGACAUGGAAGAAGUACCAUCUCUUCUACGAAAAUUACAAGAAGCAGUAUUGGUGGCUCUUCAUGCCCUUCAUCAUUUAUAUGUUCGCAAAGGGAUGCAUUCUUGCUGGUGCCGACGGUCACGGUCUGGUGCAAUCCAUCGGCCAACUUGCUGUGGAAUGCAUCAUGCUUAUCCUUCUCCUUUGGAACAGACCUUUUGACCGCAAAUCCGGAAAUUGGAUCAACAUCAUCGUGCAGAUUGUUCGAGUGCUGUCCGUGGCUUGCAUUUUGGUUUUUGUUGACCAAUUCGGUGUUGCAAGAACAACGCAGACUAUCACUGGCGUCGUCCUGAUUGUGGUCCAGGCCACCUUGACUGCUAUCCUGGCUAUACUUAUCGCCACUAAUGCCUUGAUCAACUGUUGCAAGGUAAACCCGCAUAGAAAGAGGCGCAAGGCUGCUGCAAAGGCUAUGGACGAUAAUCUCGAAGGCGACGCUUUUCUCCUAGAAAAUCGAGGCAGGAAGCUGCCGAUGACUGACGCCAACGAUUUCGGUUACGAUGACAUGCGCGUCCAGGCGAAGUUCAAUCGUGCCAGCAGGUAUGGCUUAUCACGAACUGAGAGUGAGCAGCGCCUAAUUCACGACAAUGGUAGUCAAACCAUGGACGUAGGCAAGAAGGGACCAUAUGUUAGUGUUCGCCAGCACAGUCCUGACAGUACACUAGCGCAGAGUAUCAGCAGUAGAGAACCAAGACUGCCUGAUAUCGACUUACCACGUGGCGCAGGACAGUCGGGGAGGAUGUACUAG